CGUCAUGCACAACAGCAACGACUACUCAACAGAGCAAGCAUAGGGACAGAGAGACAGGCAGCAUGAGUGAUCCACAGGUGCUCAAGCCGGACAAGGACUACAAGCCUAUUCUUGACGAGCAGUUCCCAAAACUAGAAGAGCUUGCACAGACAGACCUCAAUGGCGCCGUUGAACAGCUCACCGUACUGGAGAAGCAGACGCGUCAGGCGAGUGACAUGAACUCGACAGCUCGUAUUCUGGUCGAGAUUUGCGAGUUGUGCAAAAAGCAAGGCGACUUGGCCUUGCUGAAUGAGCAAAUCCAAGUACUCAGCAAGAAGCAUGGUCAAUUGAAGGGCGCCAUCACGCGUAUGGUCCAGCGUUGCAUAGAUAUGUUGGGUGAGAUGGAGGCUGAAGCAGACAAGCUUGAACUCAUUGAGACACUGCGCAAAGUUACGGAUGGCAAGAUCUAUGUCGAGGUAGAGCGUGCGCGAGUGACACGGACACUCUCGCAGCUCAAGGAGCAGAAGGGCGAAGUCAAGGAAGCCCAGGAGAUUCUCACAUCAUUGCAAGUGGAGACCUUUGGAUCGAUGGAUAAGCGGGAGAAGACAGAGUUCAUCCUGGAGCAAGUGCGGCUGACUUUGGCGCAACAAGACUACCAGCUCGCACAUAUCCUGUCGCGCAAAAUCUCUACCAAGGUGUUUGAGGAGGAGACAUUCCAUGAUCUCAAACUGCGCUUCUAUGAGCUCAUGAUUCGCAUUGGUCUGCACAAUGAUGAGUAUCUCGACAUUACGCGUUAUUACCACCAUGUCCUAACCACGCCGUCUGUGGCAGAGGAUGCCAGCAAGUGGCAAGACAUCCUGGCAAAUGUCGUCUACUUCAUCAUUUUGUCUCCCUAUGACAACGAGCAAUCCGACUUUCUUCAUCGCAUCGCAGCAGACAAGCGCCUACUAGAGCUGCCCAUGCACAACGAGCUCAUCAAAUGCUUCACAACACGUGAACUGAUGCGUUGGCCAAGGAUUGAGGAGAUCUAUGGUGUGCAUCUCCGAAAGACGCCCGUCUUCACCUCAGGUGAUGCACGCGCUGAGCAACGCUAUGCUGCUCUCAAGACGCGUGUGAUUGAACACAACAUUCGCGUUGUUUCUGCAUACUAUGCGCGCAUCACCCUUCCCAGGCUCCAGCAACUCCUUGAUCUGAGCCCUGAAGAGACGGAGAAGCAACUAUCUGCGCUUGUAUCCAACAAAUCUGUCCAUGCACGCAUUGAUAGACCAGCACAACUUGUUGUGUUUGGCAAGGCGAAAAAGUCAGAUGAAGUGCUCAAGGCGUGGUCGUUUGAUGUCGGCAAGCUCUUGUCUGGUAUUGAAAAGGUCAGGCAGCUUGUGCAGAAGGAGUACACCCUGCAGACUGUCCAGCAAAAGUCAUAGGCCCUUUCGUAGAUGCUUCCUGCUGCA